AUGCAGAGCGACUUUUCGAACGACGUCCAAUUGGAGGUGAUGCGUCCUCACGAGCAGGUGGAGAACGAGAACGUGAAGCAGAACGAUCACGACGAUCAGGUGAAUCACGACGAUCACGAGAUGGCGGAGAACGACUUCAGCAGCAAAAACUCAGCUCAACUCAGCAACUUCAGAUUCUGCUGCUGCUGUUCUAUAAAGAAGACAGAACAGCUAGUUUAUCAAAAUAACCCGCGCCGAAUUUUCAAGAAUUUGAGUAAUUUGGAUACUUACCGUCUACGUCCUCCACUUCCGCCACCACGGCCUCCUCUUUCGUCGGAUGGUCGAUCGUAUUUAGCGAGAGUCACACGUAACUCACGACCAUCGACGAGUUUACCAUCGGUGCGAUCCAACGCGUGUUCAGCAUCCCGGCGUCUGAAACAUAAAUUUCCGGAUUGA